GAAGAACUAUUCAGUAAUAAAACAGGGAAACGUCAAUAAUAUAUUAAAUUGGUUGUGAGUGAAAAAAAGGCGAAAAUAAUUAAAUAAGUUAUUUAUAAACCAGUCGUAAAGUGAUCUUCUCAAAGAAUACCAACAAAACAUGGGUUCUGAAGAUGUAGAGAUUAGUUCUGGAGAUAAAAUCCAGAAAGGAUUCCAAAUAAAUUAUAUGAUCCUGCGCGACGCGGAUUCGGGAAAAGUAAUUUGGCAAGAAAACAAGGAUUUCUCUUCGCCAGAUGUUGAGCAUGAGGCUCGUGUGCCAAUCAAAAUAUUGGAUUUGCGUGCAGUGUCCCGCGAAAUAAAUUUCAGCACCAUUGAGCCGAUGGAAAAUUUUCGUCUUGAUCAAAAGGUGCUUUUCAAAGGACGUAUAAUGGAAGAAUGGUUUUUCGAAAUGGGUUGGGUAGGUGCAAACACAACAAACACUUGGCAAUCUACAAUUGAAGCAGCGCCGGAAUCACAGAUGAUGCCAGCCAAGGUAUUAAAUGGCAAUGUCACAAUUCAAACCAGUUUCUAUGACAACGACACACUUAUCACCAAAUCAAUUGUGCGCCUCUACUAUAUAUAAGCAAAUAAGUAACAACGCGACCGCGCUUCUCAUCGUAAACGCCCACACAUGGUGUACUUUUGGCUUUGUGAAUUUCGAUUUCCCAAUAAAUUCCGAUGGUGACGCAUUUAAGCGGUUUCGGGCCAAGGCUGUUUAACUUUACCGCAGAUAUUGAUUAAUUUAAUUAUGGUUCCGCUUCCAGUGAGCGGUGGUUGAAAACCGAAGGCAGAGAUUACUUUAUGCACUAAUAUAAGGAACUAUCAUAAUCAUUAAAUCUGUACAUGAAUCAAUCAAUCCCAAAAAUAGAGCAUUUGGCUACUGUAAUUGUUAUUAAUAUUUAAGUAGAUAUAUAUGACCCAAUAACGUACUAAUUUUACAUGCAGCAUGUAAUAAGUGAAUCUUCGCUGCAAAAACGCAAUUUUGUAUUUGCAAUGCAAACUGCAAGGCAAGCGGGUGGAUAGGAAGUUGUCAUUUUAUUUAUAACAUUUUAAGUGUUUUGAUUAUAUCAGACUAAGCACCUCUUGUAUGCUUGAUAGUGAGUUGAUCAAACCAUUACUGCAUACAUAGUGCAUAAGUACGUAUAAAUGCUUAUGCAUUUAACAAAUAGUCUAUCCUAAAAUGUAACUGAAACAUUAUUAAAAUUAAAAAUAUAAUUAAUUAAUAACAAGA